CAUUUUCAUUUCUUAUCCCUAAAAGAUAGAUAGACAGAUAUCCUCCUCCUCCUCCUCAAAUCUUUAGUGGCAUAAAUUGAAGAUGGUAAGAUUACUUCUAACAACCACAAUUAACGGUUGCAGUUGCAGUAGUAGUAGUAGUAGCAUAUCAGCUCCCACCUGCAGGGUCGUGAUCCCAUCCAGGUGUCAUAAUUACUAUCACAAAAAAUUCUCAUUUUCUUUUGGAUGGAAUUCAUCAAAACCUUCCCAGCUCUCCCUCUUCCUAUUUACCAACAUAUCAAAAUCCCGAAAGCUUUACGCAGUGCAGGAAGAAGAACAACAACAAGUGGAUUAUCAAGUAUUGACUGCUAUCAACACCAAGUAUAAUGACAUUCUCAUCCUGGAUACUCCUGAUUCACGGAUGCUCCUCCUCGACUCUACUCACAACGUUCACAGCGUUUAUAACAAAGGACAAAAAUGGACUGGCUCUUAUUGGGAUGAAUUUGCAAGCUUGCCCGCUAUCAUUCCAGAAGGUCCAAUUGCAAUUUUUGGCUUGGGUGGUGGAACAGCUGCACAUUUGAUGCUUUCCCUGUGGCCUUCCCUACAGCUACAUGGAUGGGAAAUUGAUGAAAUUUUGAUUCAUAAAUCAAGAGAACAUCUGGGGCUAUCUGAUCUUGAGAAGUAUACUGAUGACGGUGGCAUCCUUCAUGUUCAUAUAGGCGAUGCACUUUCCAUAUCGAGUGGUAUUUGUGGAGGAUAUGCUGGUAUUAUUAUUGAUUUGUUUUCUGGUGGAGAGGUAUUGCCUGAGCUACAAGAGGUAGAUACCUGGUUGGAACUUAAUAAUAAGUUGAUGGCAAAUGGUCGAAUCAUGGUGAAUUGUGGUGCUGCUAAUCCAUCGAGUGAUUCUACUAGUGAUGGCAUCCUGGAGACGAAUUCCACCUUGAACACGAUGUGCAAAGCAUUUCCCGGCCAAGUAAAUUGGAUGAAGAUGCCAAAAAGUGAGGGUGAGAAUUAUCUUGCCUUCACAGGACCUUUGCCAGACUUGACAAUGUGGGCGGCUGAUCUCCCCGAUCCUUUGAGUUCCAGUGUUAUGCGAUGGACUUCUUGUUUCCCUUGACAACUUCUACUAGAUUUGUGCAUUUGAUGAAUGCAUCAUUCAUUAUUCAACUUCUUUUAUUAGUUUGUUUCAAUUUGGUGCAAUAGAAAUGAACCCAAGUAACCAUAUAACCAACUCACCUUGGAUUUAAGCCAUAAAACUAAGUCAUGGAACUUAGAUCCAGCGAUAUGAAACCAAAGUGUUCCCAACUUUUUUGUAAAUCCAUAUAUGCAAUAAACUAAUUCUUGUCUAGAAA